AUGGUCGUGAAAGAUUCCAACCUGUUCGGGGGAAAACUUCGGGCUGUUUUGAUAAAGCGAGCGAUAUCCUUCGGGAAUCCCCAGGAUGGGAAUCUUCAAGCGGUGAAAACAGACACGCCGAUCAACCGUACUGAGGAGCAGCACGAGCGGGACCUUCAUCGCAGCCAGACGGCUGCAGGAACAGUCGAUGACCGUAGAAGGGAUCCACGACAGGUAUCGGGCAGAAAUUGGUCCCCCAGCCCCGAAACGUCUGCGUUGUCGGUCAGACACCACGUCGAGUCCAGGGGGGAAGAAGCCGCUCGAAACCGUGAAGGAUCUUCCAGAUCGGAAGAUGAAGCGACCCCGAACGCCGCGCCGGUCGUCUUUUUACAAUGCCUGACGGGGCUGGUGAUUCGGCCUCCCGAUCGAGUGGGUCUUCAAUACGACAUCUUUCACCCGAUCAAGACGGUGGCCCCUCUUUCUAUUGUUGAGCCCAAGAAAAGGAUGCGACAUAAGAGGACGGUAGCAUACAUCAUGCCGGAGGGACCGCAGCCUCCCGGCAUUCAACAAUCACUUCCCAUUCAUAGCCUUCUCCUGGUCUCCCAGGACCGACACGAGAUCUUCUUGACGUUUGCGGCUUACACCCAGGCCUACAAAGGGUAUCUUGGAGGAGAGGAGGCCAGGGCGGAUUCAUUCCUCGUCAUGGAACGUUUGGGCCAUGGCGCACGCGCGAACCUGCUCAGAUGA